UCAAAGACAAUUGGUAUCAGUUGAAAAAUGAAACUUACAUUGUUAGCAGUUUUAGCUCUUUUGGUCACUGUCAUGAUGACAGGAGUCGUUGCCGAUUCUUGCCGAAAACAAGGAAAUAGUUGCAGUAGACACAGUCAAUGCUGUGGCAAUAUUUGCCAUAAAAAUGCAGGAGUGCGAACACCAGUGUGCAAGUAAACAUCAUCACGAGAUGAUAGUAUUUUAAGAUGUUAAUGGUAUAUAGAUCGUCGUAAGUUUCAAAUGACUUAUGAAAAGUUUAACAACCAAAACCAUUUACAAUUUAUUUUUAUAGCCAAAAAAUUGUUAAAAAAUCAACUUUGUAUUCAUUUUUUUAAUAACUGUUAUAAUAUCUUACAUGUACACUAAAGAAAAUAAAUAUUUCUUUAUGCAUUAA